AACCUUGCAUAAACAGCAAUAGAAAAAUUGCCUCUGAGUACUUGUUUGCACUGAGUCACUUCCUAGCCGUUAAGUAACACAUGAUUCACUAACUUGUUUCCUGCGUGUAAUGAAUUUUUCUCUCUCCAGAGAUUUGCCUCUUGACCAAGGGCCGUCGAACUGCCAGUGUACGAGCAGACACAUACUGUCGCCUCUAUUCCCUCUCGGUGGACAACUUCAAUGAGGUUCUGGAAGAGUAUCCCAUGAUGAGAAGGGCCUUUGAAACAGUGGCAAUUGAUAGACUUGACAGGAUAGGGAAGAAGAACUCCAUCCUCUUGCAGAAAUUCCAGAAGGACCUCAACACAGGGGUGUUCAACAACCAGGAGAACGAGAUUCUGAAGCAGAUUGUCAAGCAUGACAGGGAGAUGGUACAGACCAUCGCCCCGGUGAGCUUGCAGCAUAUGCCCGCGCUGAACUCCAGCAGCUCCACCACCUCCUCGUCGCGCGUCAGGACGCAGUCCCCUCCUGUUUACACCACUGGCAGCCUGUCCCAUGGUAACCUGCACUCCCCCUCACCCAGCACGCAGACACCCCAGCAAGCCGUUAUUCUCUCGCCCUGCUCCUACACCACUGCCGUCUGCAGCCCACCAGUACAGAGCCCCCCUGGCCCGGCCGAACUUUCCAUUAUGCCUCACCCACAGCCUCGCAGCUCUCUCUCAUGCAGCAGCAGCCUCAGGCGCCCCAGUUGCCACCAGGCACUGCACCCAAGAAUGAGGUCCACAAGAGCACCCAGGCCCUCCACAACACCAACCUGAGCCGGGAGGUGCGGCCCCUCUCUGCC